GUACAUUGCAGCUGUGGAAAGAGCAUCUUUGUUUCUGAUGACUAUAAUUUUCAAAAGAACUCAGCUGGUAUGAAAGGGUAUUACGGAGAGCUUUGGGGCUGCUAUCCAUGCCCUUAACACCUCUCAGCUGACAGAUGGUGUGAUUAACAGAAGCAAAAGGAUGAUGCUGGACACCCUUGGCGUUGGGCUGAUAGGCUCCACGACAGCUGUCUUCAACAAGGCUCUUAAGUACAGCCAGUUAUUUCAUUCUGAAGAAAAGAGCAGUGUUUGGGGAAAAUCAGGAACAAGUCUACCCCCUCAUUACGCUGCUUUUGUCAACGGUAUUGCGGUUCACUCCAUGGACUUUGAUGACACUUGGCACCCUGCUACUCAUCCUUCUGGGGCUGUUCUACCUGCGUUGUUGGCCCUGGCAGAAGCACUACCCAGCAGGCCCUCUGGACUAGACCUGCUGCUCGCCUUCAACGUCGGCAUCGAGGUGCAAGGCAGACUCAUGAGGUUCUCCAGAGAGGCAUACAACAUUCCAAAAAGAUUCCACCCUCCCAGUGUGGUUGGGGUGAUGGGUAGCGCUGCAGCCUCAGCUAAGCUCCUGGGUCUGUCUCCUGCACAGUGUAGUCACGCUUUGGCUGUGGCAGCCUCCUCUGCUGGGGCUCCUUUGGCAAACACUGCCACACAAACCAAACCUCUCCACAUAGGAAACGCUGCUCGGAGAGGCCUGGAGGCAGCGCAACUGGCUCAGAUGGGAUUGGAAGGGAACCCAGCCAUUCUGGAUAUGGACUGUGGGUUUGGGAUUUACUACAAAGACUACAGUCCUUAUGCAAUGUCUGAUUCUACUGCUGGUGGCUUUAACUGGAUUCUGGAAGAUCAGGAUGUGGCCUUCAAGCGCAUCCCUGCUCAUCUGGGGAUGCACUGGGUUGUGGAUGCAGCGCUGGCAGCCCGGGCGAAGCUUGAAGCAGUCAUGACCUUUGACCUCAGCCAGAUCAGGAGCAUUAAACUCAAAGUACCACCAUCUAAGUACAUCAACUGCCCAUUACCUACAUCUGAGCACCAGGCCAGGCACUCGUUUCAGUUCAACGCCUGUUCCGCCCUGUUGGAUAAUAAAGUGACAGUAUCUUCUUUCAGCGAGGCACAAAUAAACAGAACAUCUCUGAAGGAACUGCUAUCAAAGGUCAAAGUGGAGACCCCUGAUGAUAACAAAGCCAGCUUUGAUAAGAUGUACUGUGAAGUGGAGAUAGAGACCAGCGGAGGGCAGUGUUUCUGGGCCAGGUGUGAUACCUUUUACGGCCACUGGAGGAGGCCACUGAGUCAUGUCGACCUGGUGGAGAAAUUCAGGGCGAAUGCCUCUACGGUGCUGAGUUCAGAGGGAGUGGAAGGAGUGAUUGAUGCAAUAGGAAACAUUGAGAUGAUGCAAGAAUGCUCAUCUUUGGGAUCAUAUGUAAGAAUGACAAGAAAUCUGAAUGAGGAGCUAUAAUUAAUACAUGUGAACUGUACAUGUUAAUGUUUUUGAGACUAAACACUGUCCACAGAUGAAGUACCUGAACAUUUCCUUUCCCCUUAAUAGCCUUUUGGUGUUCCUGAUGUUUUUUUCCUUCCCCCUCUAGAUUCCACCCUCCC